CUCGCCCGUCCCAUCCCACACAGCCCACAAUAAAACGAGUCAUCCCACCCUCCUCUCCGCCACGCACCAGCCAUCCAUUUCUCCCCCCUCAGUCUACCUGCUUGCUCGUGAUGUCUGCAGAGGGUGUGCAGAAGUUCAGAAUGCCCGAGGACCUCCCGACUCCAGAGCCCGAGUCGCCGUCGAUCCCCCGCGCCCGGCAGCCGUAUAGAUUCUCGACGCUGUGUGCGACGGUGGAAACUCCGAACGCGGACCACAAGGACCAGCAUGGGAGCUCGAGCGUGCCCAUCUACCAGACCGCGACCUUCAAGGGUGUAGGCGGGCAGUAUGACUACACCAGGAGCGGAAACCCCACUAGGACUCACUUGGAACACCACAUUGCCAAGAUCUCCUCCGCCGAACAUGCGUUCGCCGUAUCCUCCGGCAUGGCCUGCCUCGACAUCAUCACCCGCAUCCUCAAGCCCGGCGACGAGCUCAUCGCGGGGGACGACAUCUACGGCGGCACGCACCGUCUCCUCACCUACCUCCGCACCCACAUGGGCAUCAAGGUCCACCACGUCGACACGACCGACCCCGAGACCCUCGUCCCGCACCUCUCCCCCAAGAUCGCCAUGGUGCUCCUCGAGACGCCGACGAACCCGCUGCUCAAGAUCGUGGACAUUGCGCGGAUCAGCGCUAUGGUGAAGGAGAAGUGCCCGGACGCGGUCAUCGUGGUCGACAAUACCAUGAUGAGCCCGUACCUCCAGCGUCCGCUCGAGCAUGGCGCGGACAUUGUGUAUGAUAGCGCGACAAAGUACCUCAGCGGGCACCAUGAUCUUAUGGCGGGAAUUAUUACCUGCAACCGGGAUGAUCUCGCGAAGCAAAUCGCAUUCAUGAUCAACUCGGUCGGGAACGCGCUUACGCCGUUCGACUCCUUCCUGCUCCUAAGAGGCGUCAAGACGCUCGCUAUCCGCAUGGACCGUCAGCAGUCUACCGCUAUGCUCGUCGCUCAGCUGCUCUCUCGCCUCGGCUUCGUUACACACUACCCUGGUCUGCCAAACCACCCUGGCAGGGAGAUUCACGAGCGUAUUGCUGAUGGCUACGGCGCGGUGCUUUCGUUUGAGACUGGUGACAAGGAGCUCAGUGAGCGCAUCGUCGGUGCUACUCGUCUUUGGGGUAUCAGUGUCAGCUUUGGCUGCGUCAACAGUCUCAUCAGUAUGCCCUGCGUCAUGUCACAUGCAUCUAUCGACCCCGCAACGCGUGCCGCUCGCGGCCUCCCGGAAGACCUCAUCCGUCUUUGUGUCGGUAUUGAGGACCCGGCGGACCUCAUUGACGACUUGCAACACGCCCUACUUGCGGCCGGUGCUAUCACGUACGCCGCGGACGACUUCAUCCGUCUGCCGAACCCAAUCAGCCGUGCGGUCGAGAAGCUCGCGUUCAACGAGUCGCGCACGAACGCGAGCAGGCCCCGAGAGGACCGGGAGUGGUUCGUCAGCGCCCCGGGCAAGGUCAUCCUCUUCGGCGAGCACGCGGUCGUACACGGUAUCACGGCGAUCGCAGCGUCGGUAGAUCUCCGAUGCUACGGGCUCACAUCGCCCCGGCACGACAACAGGCUGUCGCUCCAGCUCACGGACAUCGGCGAUUACGUCCACGAGUGGGACCUGGACGACCUUCCUUGGGACGCCGUCACGCCGGUGCUCCCGGGCGAGCACCACGCAGACCAGCUCGACCAGAAGCUCAUGGAGGCCAUCGCCGUCCGCGCACUCCCGGCCCAGUCUGAGAUGCCCAAGGGCGCGUACUCCGCAUCCGUCGCGUUCUUGUACCUGUACAUGACGAUGGCGCACGGCGGCGAGCGGCCGUCGUUCAACUUCGCCGCGCGCUCGACGCUGCCGAUCGGCGCGGGCCUCGGCUCGUCUGCGUCCUACUCUGCGUGCAUCGCGACCGCGCUCUUGCUCCUCCACCAGCGCAUCAAGAUCCCGCCCCUCCCGGCACCGACGCGGCCUGCGGGCGCGGACGACCCGGGGCACCUCCACAUGUCGCAUCAGGGCCGGCGCGCGAUACCGCCUGACACUGCGGAGGAGGUGAACCGCUGGGCGUUCGUCGCUGAGAAGGUGCUGCAUGGGAACCCGAGCGGUGUUGAUAACUCGGUGGCAGUCUUUGGUGGGGCGUUGGCGUAUACGCGUCCUGGGUUUGGAAAGAAGAGCGGGAUGGAGCAGAUCCAAGGCUUCAAGUCGUUGCGCUUCCUGCUUGUGGACUCGAGGGUACCGCGCGACACGAAGAAGCUCGUAGCGGGUGUCGCCAUGAAGAAAGCGGAGGAGCCCGAGGUCGUCAACAAGAUCAUGGAUGCCAUCCAGGCUAUCAGCGAUGAGGCUCGUCGUGCUCUCGCCGAUCCCGAGUUGCCUCGGCCCUCGUUGCUCGACGCACUCUCGGCACUGAUCGACGAGAAUCACGCCCACCUGGUGUCAUUGGGAGUAUCGCACCCUUCCCUGGAACUCAUCAGGUCGACAACUGCGACCGACCAGUUCGGCCUGAGCACGAAGCUGACCGGUGCAGGCGGUGGCGGCUGCGCUGUCACACUCGUUCCAGAUGACUUCAGCGACGCGUCUCUGCAGGCCCUCGUAUCUGCUCUCGAGGGUGAAAGCUUCAGGACAUACACCACCUCCGUCGGUGGAUCAGGCCUGGGCAUCCUCUCGCCAUACAACAAGGAACACGAAUCAGCGCUUGCCACGCCUCCGGAGACUCCCUUGGAGCAGGACAUGCCUGCGGUGCCCUCUCGCAGGUCGGCUAAGGACACCUUCCAAGCUGUCGAGCUAGGUUCGUUGUCGAGCUGGGUAGAGGACCUUGGCCGCUGGAUGUUCGUAUGAUCAGGAUGGCGCUUCGAUUGCGCAUCAACAUGUAUUUCUUUCUGGCAAAGGCGGCUCCGAGUUGCAAGCCGGCUGCUGCAUCUAUGCAUUGUACAACACUCUUGGAUAACGUGUACGCUGUGAUAUUUGUAUUGAGAACGACUCGCAAGAUAGCAGUCGGCGAAAUGAAAGCAGGAGGUAUCCGCGUGCCUCCGUUCGAGGACAAUUGUA